GCCAGUUAACACAACGUGUCAUAUUCUCAAACAAUUAUUAUUCUGUAACAAAGACAUUAUUAAAAUUAUGAAGUUUAUGCGGAAAAAAGAUGUCGCACAUUCGUGGUAGCGACAGAUUACUGUCACCUUAAGAAUUGUAUUGAUCACACAAGGGCAUUCACACACUGAAGUUUAUUCUGUAAAAACAGCUUUUUACUAGUUGGAGUUGAUUUUAGCGUGCAAAAUCUAAUUAUGAAUAGAAGUUUGUGAAGAAAAAAAAAAUUUCUGCAAGCGAAUAAGUGAAGUUUUACACAGUAAGCAAAGCUAAUUGUUGAGAUAUCAAAAAGCUUCACCAACCUAAAUUAUUUGACCAGCUGAGUAUUGGACUUGACGUAAAUGACAAACGAAAAGACUUCCACACAUCAUGAGUCUGAAGUUUUUUCACAUAGAAAAGGAAAACGAACUCGAUGGGGUCAAUCAGCAGCAGAAGCCACAGUUGGAGUAGGACAAGAAGAAAAAAACCAUGCAGAAACCCCUUGUGAAACAAUUGUUAUUAAAGACACUUUAACUCCAGAGAAUGACUUAAUCUUUCGUGAAGAAAAAAAUAUGCCAGUUGCUAACACUACACAGGAUACGGUUACAGAUGAAGUUGAACAAAAAACUUCAGGUGACGCAAGUAUGGCGGAUAUCAGCGCUGCCGCUAAGCCAGCGAUAGUUGCUGCUAUGACAGCUGUGGCGGCAGCAGGGGCUGUUAAUACAACAGCACAUUUACUUCCUCCUGGUAUUCGUUUGAUUUCAAAACAAGUCAAAGCGUCAACUGGAGCAGCCUUAGCAACGACUCAAAUUAUGAGCGAUGUAGCAGCGCGAGCUGCAGCUGCUCGUGCAGCUUUAGAAAAAGCAAAAAAAGCAUUAGCACUACAAAAACAAAUCAAUGAACAGGUCACUGCCAUGCGUGCGGCAAAACCUCAAAAUUCAAUCAUGUCGGGAAUUCCAAAUACCAUGAUAACGACAGGAGUUGCUGCUGUAUUAAGAGCGCUGCCGCAAGCAAAGCCUUUACGUUUUGACCGUUUAGGCCGCCAGGUGGAUGCUGAAGGAAAAGUAAUUGAAGUAAAACCCGUUGCACACUCUACGUUAAAAGUUAAUAUUAAUAAGGAAAGAGAGGCUAAAUUAAAACAGGUUGCAUUCCGGGCUCGCGUUGAUCGUAAUCUAACAAAUUCUUCUUCUAAUCCAUGGUUCGAUCCGUCUAUCAGUGUUGCAAGUUCAAAAAUUCGUGGAAAAGGUUUGUGUUUUGUUGAAAAGGGAUUUUAUUCGAAACGCGAACGUCAAAUGCGCGCACGCGAACAAGCUAGAAAUCUUACCGCUACUUUGGCUUCUCAAGCUGGACAUUUGGAAAAUCUGUCUCAGGGUGUUCGAACUGAUAGUGAAAGUGGAACGACGUCUGUCGCGCAAGGAAAAAGAUUGUCACAUCAAGCUUUUAUCAAAACAAUUAGUGAAGAUGGCAAUUUAGACACAGAUGAUUAUAUCGACCCUAUGGAAGGGGGUGCCACAAGACGUCAAGAAGCGUUACACAUAUUACAACGGCGGCAAUUAGGAAUAAUACCUGAUAUUGAAUGGUGGGAUCAACCUCUUUUACGACGCUUAGCAGAAAUGGAUAGGUUACAUGAUGAAGACCCAGAUUUUCCAUAUGUCAUUGCUGAAAUUGCCAUAACAGAUCUAGUGGAACAUCCUGUUCCAAUUCCUCCCGUAAUUGAUGCAUCAGAAAAUCCAACCACCACAGUCCGAUUAACACCCAAAGAACGAUGUAAACUAAAAAGACGAAAAAGACAAGAAGCGGAACGCGAAAAACAAGACAAAAUUAGAAUGGGAUUAAUGCCUCCACCGCCCCCCAAAAUUAAGUUAGCAAAUUUAAUGCGCGUGUUGGGGGAAUCUGCUGUCGCGAAUCCUUCUCGCGUUGAAAGCCAAGUCAAAGACCAAGUUCUAUCCCGUUUAAGAGCACAUCAAGAGAGAAAUGAGUCAAGACGACUAGAUGUUGAAUCACGUCGAAAGAAAACUAUUAGUAAAUGGACACAACCAUCGGGAGAAAUGUUAUCUCUCUCUUGUGGAGCUGAAGUCUGUAUUUUUUCAGUAGUCGAUUUGUCGGAUAAAAAAUACCUUUACAAGGUUGAUAAAAAUGCUCAACAGUAUCAUGUUACAGGGGGCACAUUUAUGUGCCCACCACACGGAAAUCUUAUCAUAGCAGAAGGCACCAGAAAAGCCUUACGUGGAUACAAAAAAUUGCUCUUACAUCGUGUAAAGUGGCCCGUUCUCUCUCAAGAUUCUUCUCAAGUCAAGUCUCAAGUUAUUGAUUUUGCUGAAGCAAAAACUAUUAAGCAACAUGAACAAGAUUUAAAUGAUGUUUUGAAAGGUAGAGGAAUGUCUUUUUGUAAAGUCUUGUGGGAGGGUGUUGUUAAAGAACGGGGGUUCAAACAAUGGCGUAUUUAUGAUUGCAAAGCUGAAGCUGAAGUCCGAAAAAUUCUAGCAGAUCGACAUUCUGAACAUUAUUGGGAUAUUUUGCGCAAGUAUCGUGAUCCUAUAAAAGAAUUAAAAUAAAUUUUUUGGAUUUUUUUUUUUGAAAGACUCUGUUUUUUUAUUUUGUGCAUUGCCAUAAAGCACACGUUUAGCAAUUCAAAUUUCUUUUUCUUCAGCUACAUGCACGUUACAUUAAUUAUUAACUACAAACGAGAUUGUUUUGAUAAGUUAUGUUACAGAGGAAAAAGAGAGAGUUUUAAAAAUAUAUUAUAGAAAUUUUCCUUUCCAUGUCAGUAGUUAACGAUUCCGUAAAUCACAUGCAUCACUCUUACGCAUAUAACGUACGAUGUUUCAUGUUACAACGGCACAUUUUAAUAAUUAUUUAGGAUUGUAAUAGAAAACCAAUCCAUUUUGAUGAAACAAUUCAGGCGUUUCAGAACCAUGCACCGCAUCAAGCUAUGUUAAAGCAAGAGCAUGUUCAAAUACCUGUUGAAGUUGAAAGACGUAUUCCUUAUCCAAAAAUAAAUGUUAAAGAUAGACUUCUUCAUGUUAUAAAGCCAGUCAUAAAAGAACAGGUUGUUGAAAUCCCUGAAAUUGAAUGGGUCGAAAAGGUGGUAGAGGUUCCACAAUACGUUUAUAAAGAGCGAAUUGUGCAAGUACCAUGCCCUUCUUUUCACAAUGUAACUCUACCCCAGCAGCAUACUACUCAUUGUAUUAACAAUUAUUCUUCUUCGCACUUUCUCAGUCUCUUAUCCAAUCUUAAACCCUUCCUACACACCGCAACCAUGGCAAAUUUAUCCUUCCUGAUAGUUGUUUUAUAAUGCAAUUUUACGACAACGGAAAACUAUAGAAAAAAUAUUUAGUUCAAUAAAUGAAUGACUUGCUUUGUAUAAUGUUUUUUAAUAGAUUUUCUCA